AUGGAUAACAUUUUGCUGCUCGCCUUCACGGUUGUGGUCAGUUUGGAGCCGGUGUCUGGUGAGUACUGCACGGCCUACAACUACUGGGGCAGCAGCUACCGCAGCUUCCACUGCUCCUUCGGCUGCUGCGGCCCGUCCACUGAUGAAUACUGUUGCGCUGGCAGCGCCGGGGCCAUUAUAGGGAUCGUGCUGGGCGGGGUCUGUGCUGUAGCAGUGGUAAUCACUAUCAUCUGUUGCUGUUUGAAACAACACAAUCAUAGAGGGCAAAUUAUCCACCAUGCACCUACAACAGGCACCUACGUUUCCAGCCAUACAACCAACGCCAACAUCUUUGUUGUGCCUACAG